GAAGGACGGCUCGUCGGUCUUACAUUUCUUUCGUCUCUCCCCCGUUUCUUCUUCCCCAGGACACCAAGCGAUAUGGGGAGCUAGAAAUCUCCGCGCUGGGGCCGAUCGUCGAAGAAUUUAGGGUUCGUCUUUCGAUCUCGCCAUCCUCGUCGUCCGAUUUCGGCUGAUCUUUGGAGAUGCCUCCCCUCGAUGGAGACUAGGGUUUCGGUGCGUUGUCAUCCAGAUUCUUCGCUUUUUUCCUCCUUGAUCGAAUCGUAAGGUGCCGAGCCUGCUCGCGGAACCUUCGUCUGCGACGUAUCCUAUUUUCUCAAGAUGGCGGCUUCUCAGCAUGUUGAAGUGGAGGCAGCGAAGCUUUUGCACAAACUUAUUCAAGAGUCAAAAGAUGAGCCAGCUAAAUUAGCCGCAAAGCUUUAUGUGAUAUGCCAGCAUAUGAAAUUAAGUGGAAAGGAGCAGUCAUUGCCAUAUCAGGUCAUUUCAAGGGCCUUGGAAACUGUCAUAAAUCAGCAUGGGCUUGAUAUUGAGGCGCUAAAGUCAUCUCGUCUUCCAUUUGCUGGUGCUCCUCAAGUAGGGAGCUCCGGGCAUGCAAAAUCAAAGGAUAAGGAAGCAAUCACUAACCUCUUACCCACAAGUAGUACUGAUGUGCCACAAAAUAGCACACCUGUUGCCACUUGGCAAGUUGCAUCAACUAAUCCAGCAAAAGAAGAAACGUAUGCUGGUCCUUCCCAAAGCUACAUCAUGAUGAAAAAUUCUAUAGCAGCUCCAGGUGCAGUGGACAUUUCAAGCAAGCUCCCUGGAGGAAUUAGUAAAAUGGACUCUAUUGGACUUGAUGUCCAACAAAGCUGUUUAUUUCAGAAAGCUAGCAAGUCGUCUGAGCAUGAAAGUCCAGCUAGCAUGCCCAUGGAGGACACAAGAUCUGCAAAUUCUUCAGAAAGGCAUGAUAUUGCUAAAUUUGAUAAUCAAACAACCAAGAAAGAUAUAAAGAAGACUGUUCCUAAGCGAAAAAGAGCUAAUUCAAAGGUGGCAGAAGAUCCACUGCCUGACAGCCCCCAGCUGUCAGAUACUUCUGCCAUGGGCCACAACACUCGGAAGGGAAAGCAAACUGAUAAAAGUGGAAGGCAGGGUGAAUUAAAAGCUGGGGAUCAGGAACAACCAAAUCCGCUUCAACACAACAGUCGCUUAUAUGGUGGUGCUGGUACUUUGUUUAUAAGCAAACAAGAGGUUUCUCAGGCUGUUACUGAGAGGACGACCGAUAACAUGAAAAAGUCGAAUACAUUUAAUCAAAUCUCUAAGCUUCCUGAUGAAAGAGAGGUGUCCUCUGCAGACAGAAUUUUUGCUAUGCAAAAGGGAGGGUUGCUGUCAUCAAGAAUCAAUACUUUUAGCCCAAAUUAUGUCUGGAACCAGAACAAAUUUGCCCUGUCAUCAGAAAACUCACAAGGUUCUGGUUCUGCUCUUAAAGAACCUUUUCCUGGAAUUCAUAGUGAAUCAAUGAAUAUUAAUAAUCAAUCAAAAGUUAACACACACGAUGAGACAAAUGAUAGCUCAAAGUCUAUGGAGGUGCCUACAAAUCACUUGCAUGGUAUGCCUACAGUUAAUUCAGGGGCAUUAGGUGCUUUCAGCUCUUUUGGCAUGACCAACAUGCCAUUUUCUGCUCCAGCACCUUAUAGCAGCUCUUCAUUUGAGAAUCAUGAUUUGACUUCAAAGGUGCAUUUCCCAAGAAGCUUUGAAAAUUGCUCUAGUUCUCAUUUAUUGGAUAAGGGCAAGGAUGUGGUCCCUGUCAGUGGUGGCAAGGAGAUUUCCUCAUCUGCUAAACCAGCUACAGAUUCACGGAUCUGGAGUUCUGCUGUCAUGAGAGAAGGAACAUCAAGAUUUUCCGGAAAAGCUUUCGAAGGUCAGGCUGGUUUAUCAUUACAUGGACAAAAAACAAUGGAAGGAGCUGCUAUGCAUCUAGAAUCAAGUCAAGGAGGUGGAUUAAACAAGGAGGCAAUUCAUCAAAUGAAUCAGGAUUCCUUUGCAAGAUCAAAACCAGAUGGAAAAUUAUGUGGUCUACCGAGUAGUAUGGACAUGAACAUUUCAACAAGUGCCCCUCUCAACAAUGUUGGAAUGAGUCUUCCAUCUCAACCUUUUAGGGAACAACAACUGAAACAGCUUAGAGCCCAGUGCCUUGUAUUUCUUGCAUUCAGAAAUAAUUUGAUGCCUAGGAAGUUGCAUCUUGAGAUCGCACUUGGAGCUAGUUUGCCAAAAGAAGAUGAAACACAACGAUGGUUGAAUGGCAGCAGAGGAACAGAUGCAUCUACAAGAGAAAUGAGUAAUAGCCAUGAUAAUUCUGGCAUGUUUAGUCGGCCAAGUAAUAUGGCUAAAGGGCCUCCAGCUUCCUCAUCUACUGGCAGUAUAGUGGAGGCAGAGUCUUCAUCAAAGGACACAGGUAACUUGAAGAAAAAAGGAGGUCCCUUUGGCAGCCAUUUCGAGAAUGAAGUUUACAUGAAUCCUAACCAGCAAUCUCUGCGGGCAAACCAAGUCUCACCUGUUUUGGGGGUUGGUAAGGGUCCGAAGGUUGAUGCGCUGUUUGCAUCAAGAGCCACUUUUAAAGAUGAUGCUUCCAAAGAAUCAUCAGUGGCUGCUAUGGUUAAUCGAGAAACUUAUUUUAAUCAACCUCAUAAUAUUAGCCAAAUUAACAGUGCAGGCAAGCUACAUUUGUCAGACUCUCACUUGUUUGGAGUCAAUACUCAUCCAGAAAGGUAUCAAUCUUUAUUACCUGUAAAAGAGCAGAGUCCACUGGCUGUUGGAAAAGGAUAUGAAAGUUUGGAGAAUGUGGUGAAUGCAUCAAAGGAUAUCAUGUUCUCAAAUCAAGUUGCUCAUUCAGAGAAAAUUCCUGCCUCAUCCGAGUUGGCUAUCACAAAUAGCAUUACCAAUGCUUAUUUUGGUUCUAAUGGUCUGCUGGAUCAGAGUAAUUCUGUCAUUCAAAAGCAGAGCCAUGCUGAUGUAUACACGACUUUUGCCACCAAUGACUCGAUAAAAUUUGGGAAUAUGGAAGCUGUCUUGGAAAAAUCUGUUGAGCAAGACAAUGGAAACCAAUCAGAUUCCAGUGAUAUGCCUUCUUCUCCACCAAAAUAUACAACCUCUGAGAAGUGGAUAAUGGAUUAUCAAAAGCAGAAACUUGUUGAAGAGCAAAAAUGGACUUUAAAACAGAAAAAAGCUGAGGAACGAAUAGCAGCAUGUUAUGAGAAGUUGAAGGAAAAAGUGAGUUCAUCAGAAAACAUUUCUGGUAAGACAAAGACUGUCAUCGAAUUAAAAAAACUUCAACUUCUACAGCUUCAGCGCCGGCUAAGAAGUGAUUUUCUUAAUGAUUUUUUCAAGCCUAUCACAUCUGACAUGGAUCGCUUGAAAUCAAUUAAGAAACAUAGACAUGGACGGCGAAUGAAACAGCUUGAAAGAUUUGAACAGAAAAUGAAGGAAGAAAGGCAAAAGCGAAUUCGUGAAAGGCAGAAAGAAUUCUUUGGUGAAUUAGAAACCCAUAAAGAGAGGCUUGAAGAAUCCUUCAAGGUUAAGCGAGAGCGCUGGAAGGGUUUCAAUAGAUAUGUGAAGGAGUUCCAUAAAAGAAAGGAACGAAUACAUCGGGAGAAGAUUGACAGGAUCCAACGUGAGAAGAUUAAUCUAUUGAAGAAUAAUGAUGUUGAAGGAUAUUUGAGAAUGGUUCAGGAUGCAAAAUCAGAUCGUGUUAAGCAGCUCCUUAAGGAGACUGAAAAGUAUCUUCAGAAGCUUGGUUCAAAGAUACGGGAGUCUAAAUCCAUGGCAAAGCAGUUUGAGAUGGAAAUGGACGAAAGUCGAGAGUUCAAUAUUGUUGAGAACAAUGAUACUACAAAUGAAGACGAUGAUGGAAGUGAUCAGGCUCAACAUUAUCUGGAGAGCAAUGAAAAAUACUACAAGUUGGCUCAUAGUGUGAAAGAGAGUAUAUGUGAGCAGCCAGCUUCUCUUCGGGGUGGAAAAUUGCGAGAGUACCAAAUGAAUGGUUUGCGUUGGUUGGUUUCUUUGUACAACAAUCACCUAAACGGGAUCCUUGCUGAUGAAAUGGGUCUUGGUAAAACUGUUCAAGUUAUUGCUCUAAUUUGUUACUUAAUGGAAACAAAAAAUGAUAGGGGUCCUUUUCUUGUGGUUGUACCAUCAUCUGUUCUUCCUGGUUGGGAAUCUGAAAUGAGCUUUUGGGCACCGGGUAUAAACAAAAUUGCAUACUCUGGUCCUCCUGAAGAAAGGCGAAGGCUAUUCAAAGAAAUGAUUAUUCACCAGAAAUUCAAUGUUCUUCUAACGACAUAUGAGUAUCUAAUGAACAAACAUGAUAGACCAAAACUCAGCAAAAUACAUUGGCGUUAUAUAAUUAUUGAUGAAGGUCAUCGCAUAAAGAAUGCCUCCUGUAAACUCAAUGCAGACUUGAAGCAUUACCAGAGUUCUCAUCGGCUGCUAUUGACUGGCACCCCGCUACAGAACAAUCUUGAGGAGCUGUGGGCCCUUCUUAAUUUCUUGUUACCUAAUAUUUUCAACUCGUCAGAGGAUUUCUCUCAGUGGUUCAACAAGCCAUUUGAGGGCAAUGGAGACAACAAUCCUGAUGAAGCAUUGCUCUCCGAGGAAGAAAAUCUUUUAAUUAUAAACCGUCUUCAUCAAGUUCUUCGACCGUUUGUUCUUCGAAGGCUGAAACAUAAGGUUGAGAAUCAGUUGCCUGAGAAAAUUGAGAGACUUGUCAGAUGUGAAGCUUCUGCUUAUCAAAAACUCUUAAUGAAAAGAGUGGAGGAGAAUCUUGGUUCAUUGGGCAAUUAUAAGGGCCGUUCAAUACAUAAUACUGUGAUGGAAAUGCGUAAUAUAUGCAAUCAUCCAUACCUCAGCCAACUUCAUGCUGAAGAGGUUGACAGUUUAUUACCUAAACAUUUUCUACCUCCUAUUAUUAGACUAUGUGGAAAGCUUGAGAUGUUGGAUAGAUUGCUUCCUAAGCUCAAAGCGACUGGUCAUCGGGUACUGUUUUUCUCCACUAUGACAAGAUUGCUUGAUGUUAUGGAGGAAUAUCUCUCUUGGAAACGAUAUAGGUACCUUCGUUUGGAUGGACAUACUUGUGGACUCGAUCGUGGAGCUCUAGUUGAGGAAUUUAACCGUCCAGACUCACAAGCAUUCAUCUUUCUUCUAAGCAUUCGGGCUGGAGGAGUUGGUGUAAAUCUUCAAGCAGCCGAUACUGUCAUCAUAUUUGACACUGACUGGAACCCACAGGUUGAUCUACAAGCUCAAGCAAGGGCCCAUAGGAUUGGUCAAAAGAGGGAUGUUCUUGUUCUGCGUUUGGAGACAAUCCGCACUGUUGAAGAACAAGUAAGAGCUGCAGCCGAGCACAAACUUGGUGUUGCUAAUCAGAGCAUAACUGCAGGCUUUUUUGACAAUAACACAAGUGCUGAGGACCGAAGGGAAUAUUUGGAAUCCCUACUUAGGGAAUCCAAGAAAGAAGAAGCUGCUCCUGUUUUAGACAAUGAUUCCCUCAAUGAUAUCCUGGCUCGCAGUGAACCUGAAAUAGACAUAUUUGAAUCAAUUGAUAAACAAAGGCAUGAUGAAGAGAUGGCAGCAUGGCAAAGAUUGAUUCAGGGUUCAACAGAUGGAUUAAAUCCAUUAGCCAUGCCUUCUCGUCUUGUGACAGAUGAGGACUUGAAACCCUUUUACAAGGCAAUGAUGAUACAUGAAUCACCAAAUGUCAGCAUGAAAAGAAAAAGUGAAUAUCUUGGUGGCCUUGAUACACAACAAUACGGCAGGGGCAAACGAGCACGUGAGGUCCGAUCUUAUGGAGAUCAGUGGACAGAGGAAGAGUUUGAAAAACUUUGUCAGGUUGAUUCUCCUGCGUCAUCACCUCCUACAGAAAUAUCAAGAGAUCCAUGUACCACAAAGGAAUUAUCUGAACCUCAAACCAGUGACACACAGCUAUCAUUGCCAUUGCAAAAAGAUUCAUCAGCUUCACCCACAGAGCCAUUGCAGCAAGUCAAGGAGCCUACUCCUGCAAAACGAGGCAGGGGUAGGCCAAAGAGAGCAGCUGCAGAUGCCUCACCUGCUGCAGCUGCUGUUCAAUCAAAUAUAAUUAUCAAGCAGGAAAUGAAGCCCCAAACUGAAAGGGUCUCCGCUUCUCCUACAGUUACUGGUGUGGAUUCUUCUGCAAGUGCAAAUACACAGGAAGAAUCUGUUGCAGGAACUCCCGCUUUAGUACCAGCACCUGGGCCCAAUAUGUCAAUUCAAGCUAAGCGUCGCAAGACUCAGACUGGAGAAGCACCUCGAGGACGAGGCAGAAAGCAGAAAUUGGCAACGUCUACUGGUGAAGUAAACAUGAUUGUUGGACUUCAUGGGGGAAAUGAAGUAGGAUCAGAUAAACCAAUAGUUGCUGCCAUGUCCCUGGAGAAGGCAACCACUGAUAAAAGUUCAGGAGCUCUAAAUGACCCUUCUGUUGGUUAUCAGGCUAAUUGUGAGAUAGGAUUAGAGAGAGUUGAUCUAGAAUCAGUCAGAAUCACGACCUCAUCACAAGAAGCAGAUAAUCUUAGGAGCAUAGCACCAUCUGUAGAAAUGAGAGAAGUUUCAACCGUUCCUGCUGCUGCUGACACUAAAGCAGUUCCAGUUGGAACCAAACUAUCUGUCAGCAUGGAUAACAUGAGCUCUGUUCAGUCAAAGUUGCAUGAUGGUGUGAAAGUUGGUAUGGUGCAUGGCAUUCCAUCUGGAACUCCUGCAACAUGCACUCCAAUUAUGCCUGUUGCAUUUGCACAAGAUUUAAAAGAAAAUGCAGCUUCGCAAAGAGUACCUAGUACUGAUGCUAAAUCAAAUGAAAGCCAUAAACCAGCUGACAAACCAGAUUUAUCUCAUGGAGGCACCCAGAAAGCAGCACCUGAUAGCCUUGGAUCGGGAGAGAAGAAACUAGCUGAAGGAAAUAUUUCUCUUUGUAGCACUGAGAAAAUAAAACCAGAUAUGGAUGUCCAGUUAAGUGAGAAAAGGCAAUUGGCUGAUAAGCCAGGUGACUCUUCAAUUCAGAGCUCGCCAACAGUGGUACCUAGCAAUGGUAUCUUGAAUAUUAGCUCAAUGAGUAGGGAAACCGGAGAUGCCAAUGCUGAAGUGCAGUCUAUUGUAGCCAUCCAAGAAAUGGUCAAUCCAAAUAAACCACCAGAUGCAGGACAUGAUAGUUUGAAUUCCUCAGCAUCUGUCAUCGCAGUUCCUUUAGUUCAAGUGCAAUAUUUUCCAGCAAAAGACAGCAGUAUUGUGCCUCCAUUCGUUCAAAGAGGGCUGGAUAAAUCUUCAGUUACGAGAAAAAAAGCAGCUGCUCGAAGUGGUUCUGCAACAGCAGCUUGUGAACGCCGUGCUCGACUUGCGGGAUUGAAACAAGCAGAAAUGUCAAAUAAAGCAGAUUGCAAGUCUAAAGCUACAAAAGCAGUUAUUUUGAGAGAAAGACAGAAUAGUGACAGUACAAACAGUCCUGUAACAUCUAGGACAUUAUGUAGCUUUGGUAACAAGCCAGAUGAGACUGAAGCUGCUUGUACACAGUCUUCAGAGGUGGGGCCUGUUUGUGAAAAGCUAGAUGCGAACCUGUGCAACAGGGAGUUUGUUCUAUCUGUAACUGAAGAGAGUUCUGAUGGUUAUGGUCACAAAACUUCACUUGUCAAAUCUGCAAAUUCCAUUGAAUGUGAUAUGCAUUCUGCUGUUGGUUCAUUAAACAAGGUUGUGGGAAAUGUUAUGAGACAGGCUUCUGUAACACCUGCAGAAGUAUCAGGGUCCUCUAGUAAACAAGAUCAGAGUUGUAAAGAAUUGCCUGGAGAUGUCAACACAAGUAUAGAGAUUGAACCAUGUAAUAGUGGAAGCAAUGCUGAGAACAGCAAGCUUACUUCAUUAGAACAUCCAAAGUUGUCCAUACUUUCAUCUGAAGUAGAUAAAAUUGGUGGUACAGCUGAAAAGCCAGGAAGCAUAUCAGAUGAGGUUGCAUCAAAUCUGUUGCCCACAGGGAAUGCAUCUCAAUCAUGCAAAGAAGUUAAAAAUGAGGUAAUUGAGUCAGAAAGCAAAGCAACUGCCUUGAUUGAAAUUGAUCAGCAUCUGAACGUCAACAAAAUACCCACUGUAUAUUCAACUGGUUCUGCUGUUCCACCCACUGUUGAGGACACUGAGAAUGAGGUAGUCAAUGUGGUCGAAGGCCAUUCUACUAGCAGCUCCAAAGUUGAAGGUAUGGAGGAGGAAGCUGUGAGUGUCUCUGAUCAUCCAUCUAAUCGAAGUUAUGGAGUUCAUCUUGAAGGGGAACAAAAAGCUGUAGAUGUUAGUGAAAAUCCAGCUCACCUAAGUUCUGAAUUUGAAGGUGAGAAGAAGGUUUUGGAGCACCACCUUGGUGCCGGAGUCAAAAAUAAGGAGAAAGAUGACAUCAGUAUGAAGGCCUGUGAACUUCAAUCAUACAUCAGUUCUCAGGCUGUGGAGAUCCUUACGGAUUUGAGGCAAAGUGAUCAGGAGAACCAACAUUCUGAAUGCUGCUUGGAGACAAAUUCUUCUGUAACCCUGGGUUUCGAAGUCGUUCCUCAAGAGAAAAAGGAAUCUUGCAUUGAAAUUGAAAGAACAUCACAAGAUCAAUCUUGUUCAAAUGCUAAUAUCAAUAUAGAUGAAAUACCUGCAAGUUCAGCUAGUGUGAUUGAUGAAAAAGUGAGCUGCAAAGAUACUCAAAAUGUAUUAGGUGCUUUUUCAGAAAAAGCCAGUGACUCUACUGUCAUGAUUUCUGGCAAAGAUCCAGUGCAUCUGGGUGUUACUUCAAAGGAAGAUAUUCCUGAUGGGUCAUUUGUCAAUCCUGACUAUAAUGGUGUUAAAGAUCAAACUUCAAUAGUUGAUUCUCUGCAUUCUAAUCUCAGUGGUCGGAUGAGUUCCCAUCUUGAUAGUGAACAAUUUACUCGCACAAGCUGUGAAGACCAAGCACCUCCAGAAAUUACACAGGUUGCCGAGAUGUCUGGUCAGAUAAAUGUGGGUCCUGUUGUUGAAAGUUAUAAUGAUUUUAAUGUUAUCUGUGUCGAAGAUGAAGCAUCUACUGAUACAGAGAAUGGAGUCAUCUUAAUGCAGAGUAAUGUGGAUGCUGAUAAUGUAAUUGGUGAUUCAGUCGAAAAGAAUUCUGGUGAAAAUCAAACUUCUUGUGGUGAUGGGCAGAACCAAGAUGCAUUCUGUCAGGUUAAUGUCAAUCCUGAUGUCACUCAGGGUAAAAACAUCGAAUCAGUUGACAUACCUUAUAUGAAAACUUAUAAUGUUCCAACUGCAUCUUCUUCUGGUUUGCUUAUUGAGUUUGAAAAACAACCAGCAGAAGAACAAUUAAUCGUUGCAAAUGAUAUUUUGGUAUCUGAUUCUGUUCAGCAGAAUACUGACAACUUUGGUCCUGAUUCUAUUCGUGAAACAUAUGGUGAUAUUGAAGAAACAGUAACAGACCUUCAUAAAACUGAUGAUAAUAUGAAAGCAUGUCUUGAUGUUACAGAAAAAGCGGAUUUAUCUGAUAAUGUGGAAGCUCCUAAAACAGAUAUUGAAGAAACAGAAACUGACUUACAUAAUAUGGAUCAUAAUGUGAAUGCACCUGACCCCAUUCAGAGUGUUGCUGGAGUAUGCAAUUUGCCUUUCCCAGAUGCUUGUGUUGAUGUUGAACAAAACAUAGAUUUAUCUGAUAAUGUUGGGGCUUCUAAAACAUAUAGUGAUACUGAAGAAACAGAACCUGACUUAGGUAAGAUGGACACUACUGUGAAAGCACCUGAUCUCAUUCAGAAUCUUACUGACAUGUGCAAUAAUGAGGAUUUCCCUGAUGCUCGUAUUGAUGUUGAACAAAAAGCAGAUUUACCUGAUAAUCUGGAAGUCACUGGCUCUGCUGACUGUGUUAUCAACAUGAAUAUUUCACCGACAGUUCCUGUUAAUUUGGUUAAAAUUGAUGGGGAAGUUCACAACAUUGUUCAGACUGUUUCUGACACCUGCAGUUCACAAAUUGUUCCUGAGUUUUCUGGUGAGAUCAAACAAAGAGCAGUUUUAGUAAAGGUUACAUGUGAUACUGUGUGCAACUUGGAUCUGCCUUCUGAAACGUGCAAUAGCGAACAUCUCAAAGCAACUGAAGCAAAUAAUCUGGCUGGUGAAAGUAGUAUUGAUGCAUUGAACCUCGAAAAUCCAGUGAUUGAAAGUGAGAACCGAAUUGCUGAAUCUAUAUAUGUGCCCAAUGUGGGAUCAGUUACUGUUGUCGAGGUAAGAGCUGAGGUAAGCAAUGUGGAAUAUGUUCAACCUACAUGUGAUUCUGUAUGUAACUCAGAGCCGCUAUCUGAAACAUGCUAUAGUGAACAUGAUGAAGUAACUGAAUCAAAGAACAUUACCUCUGAAAGCAGUUUUGGUCAGUUGAACAACCAAAAUCCAGUAGUUGAAACUGAGAACCAAAGUGAAGCUACACACAUGCCCAUUGUGGAAUCGACUUCUGUUGUUGAGGUAAGAGAUGAAUUAGGUACCGUGGAAUAUGUUCAACCUACAUGUGAUGCUCGAUACAACUCAGAGCCACCUUUUGAAACAUGCUGUGGUGAACAUAGUGAAGUAACUGAAGCAAUGAAUAUUACUACUGAAAGCAGCAUUGGUAAAUUGAACCUCCAAAAUAUAGUGGUUGAAACUGAGAGCCAAAAUGCUGAAGCUAUAGAAAAGCCUAGUAUGGAAUCGACUUCUGUUAUGGAGGUAAGAGAUGAAGUCAGUAAUCUGGAAUGCAUUCAAGCUACAUGUGAUAUUGUAUGCAAUCCAGAGCCAUCUUCUGAAACAUGCAAUGAUGAACAUACUGAAGUAACUGAGAACCAAAAUGCCAAAGAUAUAGAGAUGCCCAGUAUGGAAUCGGCUUCUGUUAUGGAGGAACGGGAUGAAGUCAGUAAUCUGGAAUGCAUUCAAGCUACAUGUGAUGUUGUAUGCAAUCCAGAGCCAUCUUCUGAAACAUGCCAUGGUGAACAUCAUGAAGUAAUUGAAGCAAAGAAUAUUACUGCUGAAAGCACCAUUGGUGAGUUUAACCUCCAAAAUCCAGCAGUUGAAACUGAGAACCGAAGUUUGGAAGCCUUAGAUGUGCCCAAUGUGGAAUCCAUUUCUGUUGUCGAGGUAAGAGAUGAGGUCAGUGAUAUGGAACAUGUUCAAGUUUCAUGUGAUACUGCAUGUAAUCAGAAUCUGCAUUCUGAGAGAUGCCAUGGUGAACAGAAGGAAACAACUGAAGCAAAGAAUACUACUGCUGAAAGUAGCAUUGGUGAAUUGAACUUCCAAAUUUCAGAGAUUGAAAGUGAGAACCCAAUUGUGCAAGCUCUAGACGUGCCAAAUGUGGAAGCAACUUUUGUUGUUGAGGUAAGAGAUGAGGUGGGCAAUGUGGAAUAUGUUCAACCUACAUAUGACACCAUAUGCAAUCCAGAACUAUCUUCUGAAACAUGCUACGGUAAACAUAAUGAACUAACUGAAGUAAAGAAUAUUACUGCUGAAAGCAGCGUUGCUGAGCUGAACCUUCAAAAUCUGGUUGAGACCAAGAACGAAAGUACUGAAGUUAUAGAUGUUCCCAGUGUGGAAUCAGCUCCUGCCAUUGAGGUAAGAGAUGAGUUACUUAAUGUGGUGUAUGUUCAGCCUACAUCUGUUAUCAUAUGCAACCCAGAGCCACCUUCUGGAACAUGCCAUGGUGAACAUAAUGAAGUAACUGAAGCAAAUAAUCUUACUGCUGAAAGCAUCGCUAGUGAGUUAAACCUCCAAAAUCCAGUGGUUGAAACUGAGAAUCGAAGUUUGGAAGCGUUAGAUGUUCUCAAUGUGAAAACCACCACUGUUGUUGAGACGAGAGAUGUGGUCAGUGAUGUGGAAUCUGUCCAACCUACAUAUGAUACUACAUACAACUCAGAGAUGCCUUCUGAGUCAUGCCAUGGUGAACAAAAUGUAGUUGAAAGCAGCAUUGGUGAGUUGAACCUCCAAAAUCCAGUGGUUGAAACUUCAAACUGGAUUUCUGCAGCCAUGGAUGAGCAAAAUGAAGUAGCUGAAAGCAGCAUUGGUGAGUUAAACCUCCAAAAUCCAGUGGUUGGAACUUCAAACCAGAUAUCUGCAGCCACGGAUGAGCAAAACGAAGUAGCGGAAAGCAGCAUUGGUGAGUUAGACCUCCAAAAUCCAGUGGUUGGAACUUCAAACCAGAUAUCUGCAGCCAUGGACGAGCAAAAUGAAGUAGCGGAAAGCAGCAUUGGUGAGUUAAACCUCCAAAAUCCAGUGGUUAGAACUUCAAACCAGAUUUUUGCAGCCAUGGAUGAGCAAAAUGAAGUAGCGGAAAGCAGCAUUGGUGAAUUAAACAUCCAGAAUCCAGUGGUUGUAACUUCAAACCAGAUUUCUGCAACCACUGAUGUGCCCGGUGUAGAAUUAACGUCUGUUGUAACUAGUAAAGAAGAUCCAUCAUCACCCUCACCCCCAGAAGAAUAGUUGUUAACUUGUAGGAAGACCACAAAACUCAUCUUGGGCAAUGCAAUGUGAUUUAGCAUGCCAAAUUGUGGACCAUACAACUGGUACUUAAGAUAUGAUGUGAAUGUCAUGGUUUUUGCCACACGUGUUGUAGAUUGCCUGAUCAAGGAAUGAAUAUGACCUCACAGUUAAAAUAA